GCACACUUCUCAGAGGCAGGAAAUACUUUCCAGGCAAUCUGGGCCUGGUUGUGGAGGCCCCCUUCGCAAAACAUCAGUCUGAAUUUAGUAGACAGAAGUCAGUGGGAACGCCUUGACAGGAUCCGGCUUUAGCUGAGGCUGCCUCCAGCUGCGGAGGGUGUUUUUGUUAGAAUCACACACUGCAUAAAACUGCUUAGAAUAGAGCCAUGAUCUCAACCGCGAAACGUGAACUUAUGUUUUGGAGAAGCUACCAGGGACGGACUUCUUUCCUAGCCUGAGGUCUGAAUGGUGUCCUGCCUGGCGCUGCAGCUCCUCCUAGGAGUCUAGGUGGUGAAAUGACAAAACUCACUCUUCUAUCCAUGAAUUUGAAAUAAUCUUUCAUCAAGUUCCAUCUACAUUAACCUCAUAUGGAAUGUAUCUCUCUGUCUGUUGUUAAACUAUGAUGACAUGUCUGUAGCUAUCAGAAAGAGAAGCUGGGAAGAACAUGUGACCCAACGGAUGGGACAGCCUUUUAAUACUGAUGAUUGUAACACAGCAUGUCAUCAUGGACUUGUAGCCGACAACUUGCAGGCAAGUAUGGAAAAAGAUGCAUCUCUAAAUGUGGACCGCAAAGAGAAGUGUGUCUCACUCCCAGACUGCUGUCAUGGAUCAGAGCUGGGAGAUUUUCCUGGGAGGUCCAUGGGUCACAUUUCAAAGAAAAUGAAUGAAAAUGACAGUAAUGAAAGUGAAGAUGAGUUUCUUUCUCUGGAGGCCAGCACAGAAACAUUAGUGCAUCUUUCUGAUGAGGAUACCAACUCUGAUCUGUACCCUACAGAUAAUAAACAGAUUUUAACUUCCCAGGGUCAUAAAAUCUCAGGCCAUCAUAGUGUUGAAGGAGCAUGCUCCUUAGUAAAUACAUUGCCCAUCAUGGAAAGUAGCCAUGAUUCUUACAGCUCUUGGGGAAUUGCUGGCAAGGAUGAUUUAGCACUAGCAGGAGAGAAUGGGGAAAGAAAAGUUGUUGACACUGUAAGUAAAAGCCUGGAGCUUUGUGAUGAUAUAAACCUAAGUGAAAUAAAAGAUAUGCCCAAAGUAAAUACAUUUGAUUCUUUGGAUGUAAAAGAUAUUGCACCUGAGAAGCAAUUGGUGAAUUCUGCUGUAAUUGCUCAACAACGAAGAAAACCUGACUUCCCUGAAGAUGAACAUGAAAAAAACAUGUGCCAUGAAUUACAAGAUGAAGUCUUGCCCAUUCCUUGUACAGAUGGAAGAUUGCCAUUAUUAAAAGCAGAUUUUGGAAGCUGCCUUCAGCAACCUCCUUCCACCACCAGUGGUGCUGAAAAUGGCCUGGAAAAAAGUGGAUUCUCAGAACAUCAAAACAAAGGCCCUCCUGAGGUCAAUGCAGAUGAUGGUGUGCAGUGUUUUCCUGUAAAGGACACUCUGGAUACCCAGGAACCCACCGACUGCCAAGUCAGACUUCGUAAAAGAAAGGAAAUAAGAGAAGAUCGAGAUAGGGUGAGGCUGGACUCCAUGGUGCUGCUAAUCAUGAAACUGGACCAACUUGACCAGGACAUUGAGAAUGCUCUCAGCACCAGCUCCUCCCCAUCUGGCACACCAACAAACCUGCGGCGGCAAGUUCCUGUGAGCUUCUCCCUCUCCAUUUCCUUCCCUGAUAUGGCAUCAGGAACUGAAAAUGGAGCAGAUAUGAUUUCAGCAAAUCAGAUGCAAGCAAAUUUGUCUUCCAGUACCGAAUCCACUGAUCUACCAUCUUCCACCUCAGUGACCAAUUCUGGAACCAAAUCCAAGGCUAUGGUUAUUCCAGGCAUUUCAGAGAAGGAAAAGGCUGAAAUCGAAGCCAAGGAAGCUUGUGAUUGGUUGCGAGCAACUGGUUUUCCUCAAUAUGCACAGCUUUAUGAAGAUCUUCUGUUCCCUAUUGAUAUCACCCUGGUCAAGAGAGAGCAUGACUUUUUGGACAGAGAUGCUAUUGAAGCCUUAUGCAGGCGUCUGAAUACUUUAAACAAAUGUGCAGUAAUGAAGCUAGAAAUUAGCCCUCAUCGGAAAAGAAGUGAGGAUUCAGAUGAAGAUGAGCCUUGUGCAAUAAGUGGCAAAUGGACUUUCCAGAGGGACAGUAAGAGGUGGUCCCGGCUUGAAGAAUUUGACGUCUUUUCUCCAAAGCAGGACCCAAUCCCAGGGUCCCCAGAUGAUUCCCACCUGAAGAAUGCCAUGAGCAAUGAGAGCAUGCUGACUGACCUUAGCGAGCACCAGGAGGUGUCUUCUGUCCGAAGCCUGAGUAGCACUAGCAGUGUCCCCACCCAUGUGCCCCACAGUGGGGAAGCUGCAACACCCCGGACUAACUCUGUCAUCAGCGUCUGCUCCUCCAGCCACUUUACAGGCAACGACGACUCUUUCUGCAGCCUGCCCUCUCCCAAAGAACUGUCCAGCUUCAACUUUACCAUGAAAGGCCAUGAGAAGAGCGCCAAGUCCAAGACCCGGAGCCUGCUGAAACGGAUGGAGAGCCUGAAGCUCAAGGGCUCCCACCACAGCAAACACAAAGCACCCUCCAAGCUGGGGCUCGUCAUCAGCAGCCCCAUUCUGCAAGAAGGGAUUGACGAGGAGAAGCUGAAGCAGCUGAACUGCGUGGAGAUCUCAGCUCUUAAUGGCAACCACAUCAACAUCCCCAUGGUACGAAAGAGAAGCGUAUCCAACUCCACACAGACCAGCAGCAGCAGCAGCCAGUCAGAAACCAGCAGUGCAGUCAGCACACCCAGCCCCGUCACCAGGACUCGCAGCCUCAGCGCAUGCAACAAGCGGGUGGGCAUGUACCUUGAGGGUUUUGAUCCUUUCAGUCAGGCUGCAUUUAACAGUGUGAUGGAGCACAACUUUAAGAACCAGGAGAGGUACCCGGAAGACAUGGUGUUCUACAUCCCUGAAGAUCACAAGCCUGGCACCUUCCCCAAGGCCCUCUCCAGCAGCAGCUUCUGUCCCAUGGGGAAUAACAGCUCUGUGAACUGGAGGACUGGAAGCUUCCAUGGCCCCAGCCACAUCAGCCUAAGGAGAGAAAACAGCAAUGACAACCCUAAGGAACUUAAGAGACACAACUCCUCCAGCUCCAUGAGCAGCCGCCUGAGUAUCUAUGACAAUGUGCCAGGCUCCAUCCUCUACUCCAGCUCGGGUGACCUGGCUGACCUGGAGAAUGAGGACAUUUUCCCUGAGCUGGAUGACAUCCUCUACCAUGUGAAGGGGAUGCAGCGCAUAGUCAACCAGUGGUCUGAGAAGUUUUCAGAUGAGGGAGAUUCCGACUCAGCCUUGGACUCUGUCUCUCCUUGUCCAUCGUCUCCGAAACAGAUACACUUGGAUGGAGACCAUGACCGAGUCACCCCCAGUGACCUGGACAGCACAGGCAACUCCCUGAAUGAGCCUGAAGAGCCUGCUGACAUUCCAGAGAGAAGGGACUCUGGGGUGGGGGCCUCCCUGACCAGGUGCAACAGACACAGAGUGAGAUGGCACAGUUUCCAGAGUUUUCAUCGGCCGAGCCUAAACUCUGUAUCUCUGCAGAUUAAUUGCCAAUCUGUGGCCCAGAUGAACCUACUGCAAAAAUAUUCACUCCUGAAGUUGACGGCCUUGCUGGAAAAAUACACACCUUCUAACAAGCAUGGUUUUAGCUGGGCUGUGCCCAAGUUCAUGAAAAGGAUCAAAGUUCCGGACUACAAGGACCGAAGUGUGUUCGGGGUCCCUCUGACGGUCAUUGUGCAGCGCACAGGACAGCCCUUGCCUCAGAGCAUCCAGCAGGCUAUGCGCUACCUCCGCAACCACUGUCUGGACCAGGUCGGGCUCUUCAGAAAAUCGGGCGUCAAAUCCCGGAUCCAGGCUCUGCGCCAGAUGAACGAGAGUGCCAUGGAUUGUGUCAGCUAUGAAGGGCAGUCUGCUUAUGACGUGGCAGACAUGCUGAAGCAGUAUUUUCGAGAUCUUCCUGAGCCACUGAUGACAAACAAGCUCUCGGAGACCUUUCUACAGAUCUACCAAUAUGUUCCCAAGGACCAGCGCCUCCAGGCUAUUAAGGCUGCCAUUAUGCUCCUGCCUGAUGAGAACCGUGAAGUUCUUCAGACACUCCUGUACUUCCUGAGUGACGUCACAGCAGCUGUAAAAGAAAACCAGAUGACUCCCACCAACCUGGCCGUGUGCUUGGCGCCAUCCCUCUUCCACCUCAACACCCUGAAGAGAGAGAAUUCCUCUCCCAGGGUAAUGCAAAGAAAACAAAGUUUGGGCAAACCAGAUCAGAAAGACUUGAAUGAAAACCUAGCUGCCACUCAAGGGCUGGCCCAUAUGAUUGCAGAGUGCAAGAAGCUUUUCCAGGUGCCUGAGGAAAUGAGCCGAUGUCGCAAUUCCUACACAGAGCAAGAGCUGAAGCCCCUCACACUGGAGGCAUUGGGACACCUGAGCAACAACCAGUCUGCUGACUACAAACACUUCCUCCAGGACUGUGUGGAUGGCCUGUUCAAGGAGGUAAAAGAGAAGUUUAAAGGCUGGGUCAACUACUCCACUUCUGAGCAGGCCGAGCUGUCCUAUAAGAAGGUGAGUGAAGGACCCCCUCUAAGGCUUUGGAGAUCAACCAUUGAAGUCCCUGCUAUGCCUGAGGAAAUCUUAAAGCGCCUUCUGAAAGAGCAGCACCUCUGGGAUGUAGACCUAUUGGAUUCAAAAGUAAUUGAAAUCCUGGACAACCAGACUGAAAUCUACCAGUAUGUCCAGAACAGUAUGGCACCCCACCCUGCUCGCGACUAUGUGGUACUGAGAACCUGGAGGACUAAUCUGCCCAAGGGAGCAUGUGCCCUUUUACUCACCUCUGUGGAUCAUGACCGGGCACCUGUUGUGGGCGUGAGGGUUAAUGUGCUCCUGUCCAGGUAUUUGAUUGAACCCUGUGGGUCAGGAAAAUCCAAACUCACCUACAUGUGCAGAGCUGAUUUAAGGGGCCACAUGCCAGAGUGGUACACAAAAUCUUUUGGACAUUUGUGUGCAGCUGAAGUGGUAAAGAUCCGAGACUCCUUCAGUAAUCAGAACAGUGAAACCAAAGACACCAAAUCUAGGUGAUUACUGAAGCAAAGCAUCUGUAUGUGCCUGGGUGAUGUCCUAGAACUUUGCCAGCCCUUGGAAGAAUUGGUCUGCAUCUGAUCCUGAAAUACAAGUUGGAGUGUAGAAACUGACUCUAGCCAUUUGAUACAUUUUUAAAGCUGCUUCCUGUUUGUUUUAGGUCUUAAGUUCUAGACCUUGACUGGAAUAUAUAAGACUGUGCAAAAGAAAAAUAUACUUGUAUUCUUAUUCAAAUUGCUUCUGAGAAGCAAAACCUUAAAUACAUUAUGGAAGAUAAUGAAGAUACUUCAUUUUGUUGUGAUAUCGGUGUUUGUGUGCCUAUGUCAUGUAUUUGCAGUGUGUUGUGGGACUGGUGUAUCCACUGGAAUAGUUGGUACUCUGACAUGUUUUCUCACUGAGAUGAGCAAAGAAAGGUUUGCACAGCAGAGUGUGAAUGUGUGUUUGUCACUGGCUGAAUGGCAUGGAUGUGUAAGUUGGAAUGCAGUGUCUGGCACACUGAGAUGCCUCUGGGAAGCAUGUUGAUGCACCAGGCUCAGUUUAACCUGGACUAUCUGACUACCCAUGGAUCCAUUCAGAAAGAGGACUCCACACCCUUGUCUAUUUAUUCUUUUCCAGGUUGUUAAGUAUAUUAUUUCUCCAUCAACCUCUUCUUUCCCUUAACGGUAAUUGUAGAUUGUUUUGAUACUCAUUUAACAUGCAGUUUGUUUUUAGACUUGAUUGCAAAUAGAGAUAUAGUUUUAUCUAGUAAAGAUUAGCUCAGAGAUGAAUGUCCUCCUCCCCAUCCUACUGGCUCCAAAGCAUAGGUUUUGGUUUUUGUUUUUAAAUGAGAAGUAAAACUAAACACUCAAAAAUUUAUUCCUGAAUUAAAUAUCAUUUAUCUGUUGAAAUUCUUUGCAUUUUCAUGUUUAUAGCAUAAACUCUUUAAGACACUGUGCACAUUGUGCAUGGGAACAUAGGAAACUGUCUCCCAAGGAAAUUUCUAUAAAUUUAAUUUAAUCCUGGCACGGGGCUUUUGUGUGUGUAUGUGUGUGUGUGUGUGUGUAUGUGUGUGGUAGCUGUUAACAGCAUUCCUGCGAACUGCACAUAUUUAUUAAUUGGGUUCUGUCCUUAUCAGCAAACAAGUUUUCUAGACUUUUUAUUUUGCUUUUUCUACAUUUCUUUUUUUUCUCCUUUAUAAUGCCCUUGAAAUACAUUUUAGUAGUAAUGGGAAAUAGUAAUCAUAUUGAAAAAAAACCCAGUGUUUUGGAAGGGUGGUCUUUAUACAGGUUUUACUGGAAUGGUAAAGACUGACUCGAGACAGUAUUAGUAAAUUUAUUUUGUAUGGAUCAAAAGUGAAUAAUGUAUGAAUGAGAGUUGUAAGAAGGAUUUUUAUUUUGUUAUAACAUAUUUUAGUUACCAUUGUCAGUGUUAUUUCAGAGGUUCUUUGAAGAAUUUUGGGGGUCAGAUUAGAGUUUUAAAAUUUGAGUAUUUUGGAUAUUGAGUAUAAGUGUAUCCUUGUGAAGAUAUACUUAUAUAUUCAAUUUUGAUGGCUUCCAAAUUUGUAAGAUUGUAUGUUGUAUAUACCAUUCUGUUAAGAACCAUGUACACAUGUCUGUCCCCUGUGCUUUCAGACAUAGAUAAAGCAUGAUAAAGAUUAUUAUUUAAAAUAUUCUUGUAUUUAUACCUCAGAUAUUCUUUUGGGUUUUGUACCUCAAGGCUUUUUCCCCUUUAUUGUAAGUACACUUUACAUGAAUAUAGUCUAAGUGAAAAAAAAUAAAUAAAAGGAAGAAGUUUAUAAUUUGCUCUAUAUCUGUACAGAAUAUAACCAGUAAGUGCACUAUUAAAUGUUUAACAUAAGGGAAAUGUCUGGCCUGCUUUCCUUUGUACUGCAUCUUACUUCCAACCCUUAAAAGCACAGAUGACAAAGUGUAGGAACACAAGUGUCAACUAAAAUCAAAAGAUUUGUUGAAGAAAAAAGUGGACCGCGAAUCCUUCCAAGGCCAAACUGCAGCUGAGCCACUCUUCAAAACAGGAAAUCCUGGUGAAGGUUCAGAAAGCACAGAGACUCUCCAAACAAAGGUCACAUUAGGGAAUCGUGCUGAGAAAGUUACGAGAAUAAGCAACAGCAAAGCAAAGAUGCUCAUAAGCAAAACCAAGGUCUCUGAUUCCUUCCACAAAAGGUCUCUCUUGCACUACUUAGCUCCCCUAUUGUAAGAAUUCCUUCCAUCUUCGACAAGAAAAGAAUUCAAAGGAUGUGAACAUUUUCAAGAACUCAGCUUAUGUCACCUACUACACUAUCAUUACAACUCACCCACAUGACUAACUGACUAGAUUGUAAGCUCUUUGAGUGCAGGCGGUGCAUCUCCUACACGCCUUUAUAAUCCUCUACAGCAACUGUCAGUGUUUUGUACUUGUAGGCACCUACAAAUAAUAAAUUUAUUAUUUGCUCUAGUGAA